GUUGGCAGCUUUCCCCUCCGCGGCAGGCACCUCGUUUCAAUCAUGGCGGACAAGAAGACGAAGGAGGACAAGGUGGAGGAGAGGGUUACCCUCGGCCCCAAGGUGGCGGAGGGAGAGAACGUCUUCGGCGUCGCGCACAUCUUCGCCUCGUUCAACGACACCUUCGUUCACAUCACGGAUCUGUCGGGGAGGGAAACCAUGGUCCGCGUGACCGGCGGCAUGAAGGUCAAGGCUGACCGCGAUGAGGCUUCCCCUUACGCGGCCAUGCUUGCCGCACAGGACGUGGCUGCCCGCUGCAAGGAGCUGGGCAUCACCGCCCUGCACAUCAAGAUGCGCGCCACCGGCGGCAACAAGACCAAGACCCCCGGCCCCGGCGCACAGUCGGCCCUCCGCGCUCUUGCUCGCGCAGGAAUGAAGAUCGGCCGCAUCGAAGAUGUCACCCCGAUCCCUACUGACUGCACCCGCCGGAAGGGCGGACGCCGUGGUCGCCGUCUGUAAGGCCAUCGAAACGACAGUUUCAGAAUUGUCUCGAGAAGGACAUGGGCAUGGACAUCGUGUUUCACCUUUUACCACGAGCGCCCUACCGCGCUUGUGCUUGCUAGCCAAAGUUUGCAUGAGCUUGGUGGCGUAAAUCGCCAGCAGUUGGUUCUGCUUGGGCUUUCCUGGUAGAGAGGGUGUUACACGGCGGGUACGCUGUCUAUCGUAGCCGUUGGCCGUGGUGUUUUAGGCCGUGUGCUUGCUUGCUUGCGUUCGGGUUCCGAUGACAUUUAGGCUACUAGGAGAGUCAGCCAUCUCCGCGCGAGGCUAACAAAAAUGAAGAGGGGUCGCCAACCGAACAAAGCUCUUGCCACACACACGAAGGAGGAUGUGACGAGGUUGAGUUUCUGGAAAACCGU